AUGUUGGUGGACGGCAUAAUAGGCAGUCAUUUGCACAAUAAUCGUGAAGUGGUUGCUGUGACUGGUGAUGGCACAAACGACGCACCAGCGCUGAAAAGAGCUGAUGUCGGUUUCGCCAUGGGCUUAACAGGCACUGAUGUGGCUAAGGAAGCCUCCGAUAUCAUCAUUACAGACGACAAUUUCACCAGCAUCGUUAAAGCCGUAAUGUGGGGUCGCAAUGUUUAUGAUUCAAUCGUAAAGUUUCUCCAGUUUCAACUUACAGUUAACGUUGUCGCUGUUGUCGUCGCCUUUGUCGGGGCCUGCUUUAUCACCGUAAGUUACCCUUGA